AUGGACGAUCUCGUUCGCCUGCUCAGCGACACGCAACGGCCGGAGGAGGAGCCACGCAAGCGAGCCGAGCUCGACCUUCGACACGCCGAGUCCAACCCCAGCUUUCCGGGCCUGCUGGCAGCCAUCGCGGCGACGUCGAGCUAUCCGGUCGAAAUCCGACAAUCGGCCCUCUCGGUGCUCCGGCGGUUCAUCGAGCGCAAUUGGACCCACGACGCGGAGGACGAAGAGGAUGACGAGGACAGCGACGACGACGACGCAGGCACGAGCCCGGCCGGCCGGCCACGCUACACCGUGACGGAUGCCACGAAGCAGGAGCUGCGGGUACAGCUGCUGGAGCUGGCGACACGUGACGAGGACGACCGCCGGAUCAAGCCGGCCGUGAGCUACGUGGUUGGUAAGAUCGCCGCGGUCGACUACCCAGACCGGUGGCCCGACCUGGUGGACCACCUGCUGAGCGUGAUCCGCAGCGGGACAGACGUGCAGCUGCACGGGGCACUGCGGGUGCUCGGCGACCUGGUCGAGGACGGCCUGAGCGAGACGCAGUUCUUCGCGGCGGCACGCGGCAUCAUCGAGGUGCUCUACCUGGUGGCGGUCAACGGCAGCCGGCGGCCGAUGCUGCGGGCGCUGGCCGUGUCGGUGUUCCGCAACAGCUUCGACCUGAUGGACAUGGUCAAGGAAGAGCACCUGCUGGAGGUCAAGGGCUUCGCCCAGGAGGCCCUGCAGGGCUGGCUGCCCUUUUUCCACGAGAUCAUGAAGACGCCGCUGCCGCUGGACCAGCCGGUGGCCACGGACAGCGGCCAGCAGUCGGAGAGCUGGAACGGACUGGUGGCGCUCAAGCUGCAGUGCGUCAAGACGCUGCUCAAGAUCAAGGCCGUCUUUGCAUCGCUGCUGCUGCCACAGAGCCCGGCCUUCUUUGAGGAGACGUGGCAGGAGCUGUCGCUGCUGCAGGGCGCCUACGCCCAGUUGUACCUGGACCAGGACAGCCAGAGUCGGCUGGAGGACGCGGACGGGCUACCGUACACGCUCGACUUUCUCGUGCUGGAGGAGCUCGACCUGCUGAACCAGUGCAUCCGCGCGCCGCCGGUGCAGAAGGAGCUGGGUGGCCAGCUGAGCGCCAGCGCGGCCGCUCACGAGACCCCGUGGAUGGUGCAGCUGAUGCGGCUGCUGGUCGGCUACGCCCGCAUCACGCGCGAGGAGGAAGACCUGUGGGACAUUGACGUGUCGCUGUACCUGGCCGAGGAGGCGUCUAUCACGGCCAACUACACGGCCCGGACGGCCUGCGGCGACCUGCUGAUCAAGCUGGGCGAGUGGAUCGGCCAGCACGCCCUGGAGGGGCUCUUUGCCCACACGCGUGCCGUCUUUGCGGACACGCCGGCAGCCUGGCGCUCGCAGGAGGCCGCGCUGUACCUGUUCACGAUGCUGGCGGGCGACCUGAUCGACUGUGACAAGACGAUCCCGGCCGAGAUUUGCGCGGCUUACCUGCCGCUGGUCGACGUGGCCGUGGCGGCAGCGGCCGACGAGCCGCUGCUGCAGGCCCGCGGCUACCUCGCGGCCGGGCUGCUGGCCCAGAACUUUGCACCGGCCGGCCGGCUGAUGGACCCGGCCAUCGUGGCGGUCACGCAGGCAGCCUCGGAGCUGGUGCAGGUGGCCUGCGUCAAGGCGCUCGACAGCUUCAUGCAGGCGACGCCGGCCGGGACGAACAUCAACAACAUUACGACCUCAGGCUCGGCCACGACGUCCAUCGCGGCCGGUCGCCAGACGGCCAUCCUGCUGGCCCUGCGCGAGUUUCUUAACAGCCGCGACGUCGACGACCUCCAGGACGCCGACGACCUGCUGGCAACGCUGUGCGAUUCGCUGCGCCGCGCCAUCAGCAUCAACCCGGCCGUGGUGCUGGCCGACGACGUGCCCUCGGUCGACCUGCUCUUUGCCAUUGGCCGCUGCGGCGCCCGCAACUUCCACGUCACCCUGAUCGUCAACGAGGCGUUUGAGGAGAUUUUGCAGCGGCUGUCGGACCCGACGUCGUACGUGACGCUGUGCGCCAAGGUGCUGCCGACGCUGAACGGAUUCUUUUCGUACUCGGACCUGACCAAGGACGAGCCACUGAUAACGAUGGCCACUGAGCUCAUCGCUCUCCUCACACAAAACGGCACGGAGCCACUACCGAACGGAUUCGUCGCACAGGUAGCGCCCAAGCUGAAGCGCAUCCUGAUGGAGUCGAGCGAGGGCGAGAUCCUGCGGCCGGGCGCGGAGGCGCUCAAGAACAUGCUCAGCCACGACCACCACCAGGUCUUUGAGUGGCACGACGAGCAGGGCAACAGCGGGCUGGUGGUGUGUCUGCAGAUCAUCGACCGGCUGCUCGGCCCGGCGAUCGAGGACAACUCGGCGUCCGAGGUGGGCGGACUGGCGGCUGAGCUGGUCGAGAAGGCCGGCCAUCAGCGGCUCGGCGACGGAAUGCUGCAGCGACUGCUUCAGGCUGUGGCCGUGCGGUUGAGCUCAGCCACGACGGCUCAGCUGAUCCAGUCGCUGAUCCUCGUGUUUGCCCGCCUCUGCCUCACGGCCGCCGGCGAGGUGGUCGAGUUCCUCAGCCAGAUCACCGUCGGCCAGCAGAACGGCCUGGCCGUCGUUCUGAGCCAGUGGCUCGAGAACUCGAUGAGCUUUGCGGGCUACGAUGAGAUCCGGCAGAACGUCAUUGCCCUUUCCAAGCUCUACGAGCUCAACGACCCGCGCGUCAGCGAGACCCAGGUCAAGGGCGACCUGAUCAUCACGCAGAGCGACUGGAUCAUGACGCGGUCACGGGCCAAGCAAAGUAUGCACCACCACCAUCCGCUCGCGCCUCCGGCCAGCGUGAACCCGGUCACUGACUUCUUUACCCUGCCCCCCAAAGAUCCGGACCAAUACACCAUCAUUCCGGCGCCGCUCAAGAUCCUCAAGCUGCUGAUCGAGGAGCUGACGUCUGCCCAGGGUCAGCUGGGCAGUGCCGGACUGGGCGCGGGCGGCACCGUGGCCGCCGAGAUGGGUGUCGAUGGCAGUGUGGGAGGCGGUGCAGGAGCUGCCAGCGCAGGAGGCGCAGCCGGCGCCGUGGCCACAUCACCGACCCAUAGCAGCGGCGGUGACGAUGACGGCGCGGUCAACGAUGAUGGCGGUGCCGACGACGGCUGGGAGGACGAGCCCGACGACUUGCUGGACCUCAGCCUCGGCGCCUCCAAGGCCGACCUGCUCUCGUAUCUAGACGGUGGUCGCAGCCGCGUGCGUGACGAUGAGACUCAGGCCUACCUGACCGACUUUUUCCUGCACGCCGCCCAGGAGAACAAGGCCAACUUCCAGGACUGGUACGCGCGCCUGACGGCCGACGAGCAGGCCAAGCUGAACGAGCUGGCGGCACACUGA